AAAUGCCGUUUGGGGCCAUUUUUGAAGCCGAAAAUGUGAAGUGAUCUCUAAAUUUAUACUGGGCCGAGCGGGCCAGUGUCAAUGCGAACAUGGUGGGCCGACACAAUGGCGUCGUGGACCCGGGCCACUGUUCUUGUCGGACGCUGAACGUGACACCCUUCUGCAAAGUUUUGUGCAACUUUGUAAUAACUAAGCACCCAACAAACUGCAUUCAGCACAAUAUUUCACCUUGUACAUUUUACCCUUGGCAAAACGUCGACUCACUAUUGCCGUCGUAUGCAGAAGGCUGUUUUAGAUACAGCAUUGUUUCCACAGACGAAGAUGCCCUGAAGAUCUCAGCCUUGGGCCUUCACAACGGCCACAGUCCUCUGACUCAGCAGACCCUGACGGGGUCGUGCGUGCAGGCGGAGGGUGAAGGCGCAGGAAAAUACCCCGCGGGCGAAGAAGGCCGAGGUGCGCUGUCUCUAAGAGCGACGGAUGACGCCGCGGUCCAUAACAGCUGCCGGGCUCCGCCGUCGUGUCGACACGUCGGCGUCGACCUGGGCACCGGUCGCCUCCGCAGUCGAUUCGUGAAAAAGAACGGCCAGUGUAACGUAGUCUUCGACAACAUGGAGGACAAGCAGCGCCGAUACCUGGCGGACAUUUUUACCACCUGCGUGGACAUACGCUGGCGCUACCUCCUGCUCAUCUUCACCGCCACCUUCCUUUUGUCUUGGCUGUUUUUUGGCCUGGUCUUCUGGGGGGUGGCGCUGGCACACGGAGACUUUGACCUUCACCUCCCCGUCAAGGAAGGAGACCCUCAGAGCAAGGGAGAGGACAGGCAGGAUAAAUGGCGGCCGUGUAUACUGCACAUCCAGGGCUUUAUCGGGGCGUUCCUCUUCUCCAUCGAAACCCAAACUACCAUCGGAUACGGUUUUCGCUGCGUCACCGAAGAGUGCCCCGUGGCCGUGGUGACCGUGGUGGUGCAGUCCAUCGUGGGCUGCAUUAUUGACUCCUUUAUGAUCGGCACCAUCAUGGCCAAGAUGGUGCGGCCCAAGAAGCGGGCUCAGACGCUGCUCUUCUCACAUCACGCCGUCAUCGCCCUGCGAGACGGGAAGCUGUGCCUCAUGUGGCGCCUGGGGAACAUGCGCAAGAGCCACAUCGUGGAGGCGCACGUGCGUGCCCAGCUCAUUAAACCCAAGGUGACGGCCGAGGGCGAGUACCUCCCUUUGGAGCAGACGGACAUUGACGUCGGCUACGACGACGGGCUGGACCGCUUGUUUCUGGUGUCGCCGCUCGUGGUGGUCCACGAGAUCAACAAGAGCAGUCCUCUGUACGACCUGAGCAGCGCCGACCUGCAGAAGGAAGACUUUGAGAUCGUGGUCAUCCUGGAGGGCAUGGUGGAGGCCACGGCCAUGACCACUCAGGCCCGCAGCUCCUAUUUGGCCAAGGAGAUCUUGUGGGGCCACCGCUUUGAACCGGUGGUCUUUGAGAAAGGAAACCGCUACCACGUGGACUACUCUCGCUUCCACAAGACGUACGAAGUGCCGACAACACCCCAGUGCAGCGCCAGGGAGCUCAGUCAACGGGAAGGUCACGGGCGGGCGCCCUCGUCCUCCACUUCCAGUUUCUCACGGUCUCCGUCGCCGUUUGCUCCGAGGGCAGCCCGCCACCUCCUGGGCCUCCACUCCCCGAGCGCUUUCUGUUACGAGAACGAGGUGGCACUUUGUUGCGGCGACGAUGACCAGGAAGAGGAGGCGGGCGGCCCGGGGGCAAAUUUGCCAGAUGAACUUCCCGCGGGCUUCAAGGAGCCAUUUGGAAAGGAGCAGAUGGUGGAGAUGUUGUGCGUGCUGGACACCGAGAACCAGAUCGGUCUAGACAAACUCCAGCCCGGUCUUCCUUUGUACAUCAGUCGAGAGUCUGGUGUCUAAAAGAAGGAAGGGAAAGACUAACCUUUUCUUUGAGCGCAUCCGACCAAAGCAUUGCACUAAUGGACUGAACUGGCUUUUGGAACCGGAAGCGUAGUCUAUGCAGCUGAGCCGCAAGCUUCCGGUUUGGGGAAUUGUACAUUUUACAUAGGCGUUGAUCGUUCCAGGCGUCGAUGAAUCUCCGCCGUCAAGGUCAUCUCACACACUUCCUCGUUCUAGUCACUAUAACCUGUGUAUGACUUAUGAAAGAAUCAAGCUUUUGUUCUUGAUUGCACUUUUUUGGGGGGUGUUGUAAAUAUAGCGUGCUUUCAUUUCACUAUGGAACUGAUCAUUUGACUUCAGAUUCAUACAUCAGAGACAAACAGUAGAAAUAUUACAUUUUAGGGUGCGAUCACACACAUAGUCAAUUUUCUCCUGCGCGAAUGAGUCGAUCUGUUUGUAAAUGUGGUCCUUGGUUUCCCUCAG